UAGUUAUUGAAUCGUUUGGUACCCGCCACUGUGCGUGUAUACAGGUAUUUUGAUAUUUUGACUCUUUAAUAUAUUUAUGCUUCGUUUUUCUCGCGGUCAUUGUUGUUGUCUUUAACUCAUUAUGCUGCUUUCUUGGCCAGGUCGCCCUUGUAAAAAAAACGAGUUGAUCUUACUGAGUCACGUGGUUAAAAAUGGGUUUAAUAAAAAUACAAAAAUAGCUAUCAUAAAAAGAUAAUCGUAUGUCAAUAAUGUACUGUUUGUGUGUCAUAUCCAAAGCCUCAUCUCCCAGAAAUUUGUUUUUAAACCAAACUUAAAGUUUUGCCAUCAUAGCAUCCAGUGUUCUGAGUGAGACGCAGCAUGCCAUUCAUUUUCUCAAUUAUGCUUGACUGUACUGACCUGAACUUUGCCACAACCGACUAAAAUUGUUGCUAUUUUUAUCAGCGUGUGCCACUGAAGAUCUUGUGAAAAGGUCAUCUCAGUCACACAAAGUUUAAAGCAGUGGAUUGACAGGAAAUGAAUGAGCCUUUGACUUCUCUAUUUCUUCUUCUUCUUCACAGAAACGUCCCGCGAUCUGAAAACAAGAGCUCCCUCCAAUCUUUACGCGACAGGCGCUGACCCCCAUUUGACCUGAUUUCCGAGCUGAAACGCGUCUGGUGCCAUCGCUCAGGAAAGGUCACGCUUUAUCAAACUCAAAACGAAUUAUUAUUCUGGAGAGCUCACUCUCCCCUUAUCACAGGGGAAUCGGCUGAGUCAAUGGCGCUGUGUCUCGGACAAGUCUUCAGCAAAGACAAAACAUUCAGGCCGAGGAAGCGCUUCGAACCGGGCACCCAGCGCUUUGAACUCUACAAGAAGGCCCAGGCCUCGCUCAAGUCCGGCUUGGACCUGAGGAAAGUGGUUCAGCUGCCGGAGGGGGAGAACAUCAACGACUGGAUUGCCGUUCACGUGGUCGAUUUUUUUAACAGGAUCAACUUGAUCUACGGCACGGUGAGCGAGUACUGCUCCGAGCGCACUUGUCCCAUCAUGUCUGGGGGGCUGAGGUACGAGUACAGGUGGCAGGACGGCGACGACUACAAGAAACCCACCAAGCUGCCCGCUCUCAAGUACAUGAACCUGAUGAUGGACUGGAUCGAGUCGCUCAUCAAUAAUGAGGACAUCUUCCCCACCAGAGUAGGUGUACCUUUCCCCAAGAACUUCCAGCAGGUGUGCAAGAAGAUCCUGAGCCGCCUCUUCAGGGUGUUUGUGCACGUUUACAUCCAUCACUUUGACAGCAUCUGCAGCAUGGGUGCAGAGGCCCACAUCAAUACCUGCUACAAGCACUACUACUACUUCAUCUCGGAGUUCAACCUCAUCGAUCACUCGGAACUGGAGCCCCUGAAAGCGAUGACAGAGAAGAUAUGCAAUUAAACAAAACCACAAGGACAAAAGGAGUUUACAUUUUGACGUUAUCUGAGCCCCAUGAGAAGUCAUCGCCUUCAAAACACUCAAAACAAAGAACAAUUUUACAUCACGUUGUAUGAGUGGUUUUCUAAGCAUAACUGGGAAGGUCCACUAACUUACUACAUUUCUGCAGAUGGUGGCAGUGCCUUCAGGUUUUUACUUGAAGUUGUGCUUGGUGCCAUCAUUAUAGGACUUUGUGUUGGAUUAUAAUACAUCCUCCUGUACUUGUGCGUAUUCUUUCCUCCUGUGCAUGUAUGUUUGACCUUUUUAUAUACAGUGUUAAGUCGUUUUUUGUUCAAUGUUUAUAUUGUUGUAAAUGUGUGUAUUUUUUUUGUACAGUUUGAACAUAAAAAUGCAGUCUAAAAAUGCUUUUGAAAAUGUGUACAAUUCACAAGACAACAAGAUGAGUAUUAAAAAUGCAUCAGGCCUUUAGUUUCAGGCCAAAACCAACACAGAUGAAGCUUUCACCAGAUAAAUAAAGACCCGAUGAAGGAUAAGGAGAAGUAUUGUCAAUGACAUAACAUUGUAGGUAUGUGGCAUGAGCCAUACUUAAUCUUAUAAGUGAUGCUGACCUGCCAAACCUGUGCUUCUGUAAAUAAAUCGCAUCAUCAUGCACAAGAAAAUCCCCACUAUACGUGGUGCGGGGUGUGGCGGGGAGUCAAGCGAAGUGACGUA